AUGCUGCUCAUCUUACAUACAUUACUAUUCUACGGUAUUCAAGCACAGACUCUCAGCCUCCAACCAGGUGAUGUUCAAGGAUUUGAAUACACAACGAAAAAUGGCGACAUCGCUGAAGUAUUUUUGAACAUACCAUAUGCUGCACCUCCAGUCGGUGAAUUGAGAUUUGAGAAGCCAUCUCCUCCAAUUCCAUGGAAGGGUAUUCGUAAUGGGACUGCUUUUGGGGCCACAUGUCAUCCACAUGCUUAUCAAGCCGCACUUCAACCGCCACCCAACGAAGACUGCUUGACGCUGAAUAUUAUUCGACCAAAGAAGGAGGCUCCAGAAAAAGGUUUUCCCAUCCUUGUUUGGGUGCAUGGUGGUGGCUACGAAAUUGGAUCGGCUAGUCUUUAUGGCUAUAAAGGAUUUGCUGAUAUAUACAUACCAGAUGAUAUCGUUGUUGUUACCAUACAGUAUCGCGUUGGAGUAUACGGGUUUUUCUCCACUGGUGAUUCACGUAUACCUGGUAAUCUUGGAUUAUUUGAUAUGGCAGCAGCUUUCAAGUUAAGUAAUGCUAACUUUGGCGGUGAUCGCUCACGCAUUACAGCUUGGGGUUUGAGCGCAGGAGGUAGCGCUGUUGGACAGUUGGCCCUUAGUCCCAUUACAAGAGACUAUAUCGCUGGUUCCAUUGAAAUGUCUGGAUCUCCUUGGGCUUACUGGGCUUUGGGAUCUGCGGUAGCGAACGAUUCGCUCAAACUUGCUGAGACCUCGAUUGUUGCAAAAACUGUAAAUGCUUCAUUACAUGGCUAUACGAAAGAUGGACUGGGCUGUAUCAAAUGGGGACCCGUCAUCGACGGGGAAUUUUUGCAACAUCCAGACGAGAUGACAAUCACUGCUCCUCCAAAACCGUCAAUAGUCGGGGUCUCAAACAAGGAUGCGUCAUUCUUCACCAUAAAAGGCCUUUCGCCCUAUAUUCACAAAUUUGGCGUAAAACCAGAGGAUUUUCGCAAAUUCGACAGGAACAAGCUGAUACAGACACUUGAGAAACUUAUCGGCAAUUAUUAUAAAAAUUACACAGCCUCUGUGCUAGAAGAGCUCAUCAAAUAUUACGUGGAGCGUGAUGAGGAGCACAGUUAUGAAUUUUACCUUGAUCGUUAUACCGAGUUCAUGAGCGAUGUUCUUCUCAACGUGGCGUCAGUCGACGGUAUCUUAGCCCGUCGAAAAGCAGGUUGGAAAAUGUAUGCAUACUCUUUUGACCACUAUAAUGAUGCCAUAUGGAACUCAGAUGUCCCGGAAAGGUUGCGAGGUUCACCGCAUGUCAACGAGUAUCCGUAUAUUUUUGGUCUUUUCAUCUUGGGUAAUUUUGAGAUGGGCGAAAAGGAGCAAAUUGUCGCUGAUGUAAUUCAACAAUCUUUUAUUAAUUUUGUGAAAUCCGGGUAA